UCUUGGUAGACUCGUUCUGACUCUCGCUAGCACUAUAUAUCACUAGCUCGAUCGAUACCAACGAUAUUCGUUCUUCUUGGGUACCACUGCGCUACUGUCUAACUGGACUAACAUGACCACCUACCAAUCAAGAGAGCUCUUUGGUGGCGCUAUCGCCGCUUUGUUGCCACCCACUCUAGUCGACGCCUCUCAACUUCGUCAAGUCCCUGACACACAGGAAGUAUUUUUAUAUCCCGACUCAGACGUCAGCAUUAUCGUCGAGAUCCUCGAACGCGUCGAGCCCAGCGAUUUCUCGGAAGCCGCCAAGUUCCAUUUUGAUUCGCUCGCUCAUGACAACUCAGCACAGUCCAGUGCUGUGCGCGAAAUCGCCAUCAUUCCGAACGACAGAGGGGACCAGACACCGUCUCCUGUCGUACUUUACGGCACGCAGCUCGUCCAAAAAUUCAAUCGUGCCGAUGUGGAUGAUGUCCGAAUCCUCUUGGCCCUCUACAGGGUAGAGCAUAAGGGAGUAGACGUCGUGAUGACCAUGAACAUACCCAUGAGAGCGAGCGAUAACGGAGCCGUGGGGGAAGAAGGUUUCACGACCGCGAAGGCAGAUUUUGAUACUGCCGUUCGUUCACUUCAAAUCGCCGAUUUUGGCCUGUUCGAGGGAUGAGGUGAUAGAAGAUGCAAUGAUGGGUGUACGACUACUGUAAAAGGAAAGCGGCGAGCCUUGUAUGCCCAGAAAUGGACGACGCAGGAAGGGACGACUUUGCAUGCUCAGAAAGGAACGACGUUUGUGUGCUCAGAACAGACCGAGAUAAUGAAUGAGGAUUGCG